AUGUCGUAUUCGUAUGGGCAUGGUGAAUAUCACAACGAAUCUGCGUCAGCUUUAUCUUCGAGCUCUCAGCUUCCGCAAUGGGAAACCCUAGAACAGCACCAUACUGAGCCGCAGCAACAGCCUCAACAGCAAUCGGAAAUUGUCCUCUCACCAACUCAGCCCAUUCCUUUUUUCCCUAUGGCAGAUGAGUACCUCACAACAGACCAGCUACACCAGCUACACUCCCCUACUGACCCUCAUCACUCCCUCCUUUCACACCGAAGUUCCUACGAUUCCACCUCAGAUGGAAGGUUCAAUAGCCUUUCGCCUGGUGACAUUGGAACUCCAACCUCCACAUCUGCAGAUCCAACCACAAAUCCUAGUCGCAGUCGCCGUGGUGGAAGGCAAGCUCUCCGUCGUGUACAAACCAGGGCAAUGACAAAUCCGUACCCUCCUUCAUCCAUGCACGCGAUGCAACCGCCCCCAUUGCCCACAGGAAGAGAACACCGAGUUGGGGAUUCAACGCCGGCCAUGCAUCGUUCUCCACCCGCAAUUACAACAUCCCCAACCACGCCCAUACUGGGCUCUCCAAUGGCAGGAGCACAGAGCGGAGGAUAUUCAGAGGCUAAUCGGAUCUCUCCGUAUUCUCCUUCUGGCAACGUGUUGCCUCCGCCGCCCACUCCCCCGACCGGUACAAGCAUAUCCACUUCAGAGCACCCGGUUCCAGCGCAGGUUCAACGUCCACAAGCUCAGUCUCAGCCUCGACGUCGAUUGAUUCCUAGAGCCGAUAUGCAUUAUGAUCCACAAUCGCACGUCCUGAGCGUCUCCAUGGAACUGCCUGGUGUGAAGAAGGCGGAACUUCGCCUCACGCUUUCAACUUGCUUGUUUAAUCGAGUCCGACAACUGACUGUCAAAGGCCGAUCGGAUCCCGUAUUCGCAAAUGGUAGUAGCUCGUUGGUUGGAAAUAAUACGGAUGGAUCACGAGCUCCUGAAGGUGAUGGAGAUACGGCUAUGGAUGCUGAACCUCGUGGCGGUGGUGGGCAAGGCGACACUGUUGGUGGUGCAUUGUACCGAUAUGCUGUCAGGGAGAGAAAAUACGGGGAUUUUUCGAGAAUUUUGAAUGUCCCGUCCGAAACUAGACCCGAGGAUAUCCAAGCAGAAAUGGAGAACGGGGUCUUGACGUUGAAGAUUGUCUGUGGCCCACCUGCGGAGUCCCCGGAUACGCAAGUCGUACCAAUCCGCUGA